UAAAACUAUUUUCAGAGACAAGGAGUUGACCAAGGUUAUAAAAUGUGUGUGCAAGCUGCUUCCUGUCCAGUAAAUUUGCUACCCAAUAAACCUCUAAUAGAUGGGAUUGGUGCUGUUUUUCAGUCCCACACUGCUAAGGAAGUGGGAUUUAUGGGAGUAAGAAGCAUUAAAUAGUGCUUAAACCAUGACUGUGGUAAAUGUUAACUGGUUCUGUAUAAGACUUGCUUUUCCAGAGGAACAUUUCCUUUUUCUUCCUUCAGUGUGUCCCCACCUCUUUAAGUGUCAAACCUUUAAGAAAUAAAUGGUGUUGUAACUCUUACAUGUGGAAACUCAAAUCAGACUAGCCGAUUAGAAGCAAGAUGAGGAAAUAGUGAGAGGGGAGAGAGCCAUAGUAAAUUCUUUUCUUGGCUGAAUUUAUAGCCAAGUGUCUGAUACACAUUCAGUCUGAACAGAUGUAUGCAAUGCUUUUUGUUUCUAAAACUGAUGACUUCAGUGAUUGAGCACAUGUUGACUAUUUAAUUUUGUCUCUCUUAAGCAACUGUUCUGUAGUGAGUCAGAGAAUGUUUGUAUUCCUUGUGUGUGUAGGACUUUAUUUUACCUAAAUUAACUCUGAUUUCACAUUUUUGUGUUCUGUUGAUCAUGUGGAAGCUAGUUCAUUUGUUCAAGUGCUGUAAGCAUCCUUUGUUUUCCACAGCCUACUUACCAUAUUAUCUUUUUACAUGCACUAAAAUGAUGAUUUAUGUCUGUAAGAGUAUUUUUAUCUUAACACUCUAAUUCCAAAGUAUUGCUCACAAGCCUUUUCCAUGGGGAAAAACAAAAAAGGUACUAAAAAUAAAUAUAAAGCCAGAUGGCAGGUAUUUAGAUGUCAGUUGGAGAGAGGAGUGGGAAUGGUAUGUGAGUUUGGUAGUCAAGGACUCUUUCAUGGUAUGUCCUAAUGCAUGGGUUUGUAGGUUGAUUGUUCAAGUGAUCUUUGUUCCUUUCUCAGCCAUAAUCACUAAGCCUCUCCUGUUGGUGCUGCAGCAACUCCUUUUGGAAGGGAGCAAUAACAUUGCUACAUCAUAGACAGACACAUAGUUAUUUCUAGUAAUCAGCUUGAUCCAGUGGAGAUCAAGUGUUAAAAUGAAAUCUAUUGGAUAUUCAUGGAUUUAAUAAUUAACAGAACACAUGUAUUAUUUGAUCCAAUAGAAUGUUAGUGUCAAAACUUCCUAAUGGUUCACUAAACUACCUAGGACAGUAUGAAAAUACUGUAACAGGAAUCAAAAUACUGAUUUGCUCAAGAGACUUAUUCAAUUCCAAUAUUGUGUAACAUAAUACUCUAUCUAAAGAUAAGUAAUUAUAUAAUUGUCUUGGGACUUUGAGCACUGACCUACUCGAGAGAUAUUAAUGCUCCUUUGAGAAAAAUAAUUCAUUUCAUUAAUGCCCUAAGUCCUAUGCAUUUGAUUACAGCUUUUUCCCUAAUGCACAAAAUGUUUUUAUUUAAAUAUAUUGAUGUUUUUGUUUCAUGCCUUGUGCUACAUUACUGACUUUUACUAAAACAAAUGCAUGUUUCUAGUCUUUGGUAGAUUUUGCAAGAGGGGAUUUCUGAAAUUGAGUUGUUGAGGCCCAAUGGUUGGCAUGGUGCCAAAAGGCUAAUACUAGCUUCAGAAUCCCAAAUAUAAGCAGUGCUAAUAAUUUGUGUUGAAUAAGUAAAGAACAGAGUUUGCAAGGACCUCCCCGCUGCUCUCAUUCCUCUCAUUCGUUUUCCAUGAUGGAGAGUCAGAGGGUGCUAAAUGCUGCCGAGACUGAUGUCCCUGGCUGUGGCUCUGUCAGUGUUAGGGCGUGUGUGUGUUACAACAUGCUGCUUCAGCAACUUAAAUGUUCUCUCUGUGGUCCAAUCCUGCAAACAUGGUUCUAUUUACAGAGCUGUAAGCACACAUUGCAGAACUGCUCACAUGUUUAUGAUGAUAAAAAAUAGGCUGUGGUCAUUUACUCUGAAAAUUCUUUAGGCUGUUAAUUGUUGUUUCAAGUCACUACAGAGUGAUAAGCAUAUGAGUCUGUUCAACGAAGGCCCAUGUGUACGUACCUUGAAAAGUGAGAGAAAGGGGUUGGUGUUUAAAGAGUAUCACACGUCUAGAAUAUAAGAUGUGCCUCUCAGAAGCAAAGACAAAGUAUCUUUAUGAAGCCCUCACUUUUGAAAUAUUUUCUGCACGCAGACUGGGUGCAUUUGUAUUAUAAAGGGCUUCACUAUUCACUGGGUGGCAUAAAGAAUUUGUUGUCUAGUCUCUCUUCACUUCUUCAAGUUUCUGGAGUAGCAGGUUGGAUGAGAUGCUUUUUUUCAAAGAAAACAUUUAAAAUUAUAUGUUUUCAGUGAAAGCCUGGAACAAACUAGAUUGACACCUUCUACUCAUAAGAGCAGCAUUAAAUGAAGUCAUUAUCUAAAAAUGCAGCCACAGAAUGUAGGUGGUAAGCAAUAUCUGUUGUUCAAGCCUGUGGUUAGAAAAUUUACAAAUACAGAACUGUAGCAGUUUUGUUAACGUGAUGAAUUUUAUGCUGCCUUGUUAUGUGGUCAUUUAGAAUAUGUGUAUUUAUUGUAAAUAUGUUUCUUGUCUAAAGCUGAAGAGCACAACAGCUUAAUUCCAGUCAUAAGUUGUAGUUGACAGAAUAAUAGCCAGAAACCUCAAGAUCAUUUCUCAUUUUUCUUUUUCCAAAUCUGCCUGCUGAAUUUUCUGUCUCUGGCAUGAUUUUAUUGCAGAUAUCUUCAGAAAAUCAUUGACUGGUUAUUUCUGUAAGUUGCACACUUCACAAUUACUUGGUUGACAGUCUGUAGGGAGAAAAUUCUGUAAACAUAGAGAGCAGCUUCUUGAAGUGGACUGUGCUUUAUUUUCAGGACUUCCUGAAGGUUCAUUUAUAAUGUUCUUGAACACUGAAAACGGAAGAAGCAAAAAGAAAUUGGAAGUUGUACAGCCUUCAAAGCAAGAGAUUAAAGGAAGAGGAGGACGAAAUUGUUUUUUUAAUUGAGAGCUGCAUCCUUCCAGAGGCCUGUGACACAACCCUACCACUCCUCAGAGUUUCUGUGUGGUGCAAGGCAAGUCUGAAAAUUUUCCUUUUGCCAUUGACUUCAUUAAAAAAAGAACUGGAUACAUAUGCUGAAUUUAAUUUGUGAAAGGUGGAGUAAGAGCCUGGGCACCUGACUCUGGCAUCAGUGCUGAGUGCCUGAAACUGGAUGGUGCUACAGCUUCAGCUUAGGAAGUAAUGCAACAACUUUUCCUAUGAAGAGGGAGUUCAGCAAUGGAAGAUUUUGAAGGAGAAAGGCCUAUAUGAGGAUGUGGAUUUAACUGAUAUGAUAUACAAAAUCCCUCUCUUCAUGAGGAAAGGAGCCCUCUCGUGGUAAUGUUAGAGGAAUAGCAAUUGGAUACAACCUGCUGCACUCUGCUACUCUGUGAGACAAACAUCAGUAAAGUCAAGCAGCAAGAAGAGAAGGGCUCUUCAUGAGAAAAUGACAGCAAGAGAACACAGCCCCCGCCAUGGUGCCAAGUCCCGCACUGUGCAGAGGGCCUCCACCAUUGAUGUCACCUCUGACAUGGUUGGCCUUUCUCUAACAGGAAACAUUCAGGAUCCAGAUGAGCCAAUUUUAGAGUUCAGUUUAGCUUGCAGUGAGCUGCUAACUCCAUCGCUAGAUCGAAAACCAAAUAGUUUUGUAGCAGUGAGUGUAACUACGCCUCCCCAGGCAUUCUGGACGAAGCAUGCACAGACAGAAAUUAUUGAGGGAACGAGUAAUCCUAUCUUUCUAAGCAGCAUUGCCUUUUUCCAAGACUCUCUUAUCAAUCAAAUGACACAAAUCAAACUCUCCGUGUAUGACGUCAAAGAUAGAUCUCAGGGAACAAUGUAUUUGUUGGGUUCUGGGACGUUCACUGUAAAGGAUCUUCUUCAGGAGAAGUACCACAGGUUGCACAUAACACUAAGGUCCUCCUCCAAAAAAAUCUCAACGCAGAGUAUUUGUUGCAGGUCGGCUGAAAGUGACCGUGUUGGUAACAUCACAGUUAUUGGAUGGCAGAUGGAGGAAAAAUCUGACCAAAGGCCUCCAGUGACAAGGUCACCUGAUACAAUUAAUGGAAGGACUGUGUUGCCAGUUGAUGAAAGUUUAACAGAAUCCUUAGGAAUCAGAUCCAAAUAUGCUUCAUUGCGGAAGGAUGCACUACUGAAAUCUGUGUUUGGUGGUGCCAUUUGCCGAAUGUAUCGUUUCCCAACCACCGAUGGAAACCACUUGAGAAUCUUGGAGCAGAUGGCAGAGAGCAUCCUGUCACUGCACAUCCCUAGACAAUUUGUGAAGCUGCUUCUAGAGGAAGAUGCAGCAAGGGUUUGUGAACUAGAAGAAUUGGGAGAACUGUCUCCUUGUUGGGAAAGCCUUCGUCGACAAAUAGUUACACAGUACCAAACAAUUAUUUUAACUUACCAGGAAAAUCUGACUGACCUGCACCAGUAUAAAGGUCCUUCAUUUAAAGCCAGUAGCUUGAAAGCUGAUAAGAAACUGGAGUUUGUUCCGACAAAUUUACAUAUACAGAGGAUGAGAGUCCAGGAUGAUGGAGGAUCAGAUCAGAACUACGACAUAGUCACCAUAGGAGCACCAGCAGCUCAUUGUCAAGGCUUUAAAUCAGGUGGCUUGAGGAAAAAACUGCAUAAAUUUGAAGAGGCAAAGAAACACAGUUAUGAGGAGUGUUGCACUUCAACAGGUUCCCAGUCUAUAAUAUACAUCCCACAGGACAUCGUUAGAGCAAAGGAAAUUAUUGCACAAAUCAACACCCUGAAAACACAAGUCAGUUACUAUGCAGAAAGGCUCUCAAGAGCUGCCAAGGAUAGAUCAGCUAAUGGCCUUGAAAGAACACUUGCCAUCCUAGCAGAUAAGACCCGGCAACUUGUCACAGUUUGUGACUGCAAACUCUUGGCAAAUUCAAUACAUGGACUGAAUGCUGCAAGGCCAGACUAUAUAGCUUCAAAAGCAUCUCCAACCUCUGGAGAAGGGGAACAAGUGAUGCUAAGGAAUGAUCAGGAUACACUUGUGGCCAGAUGGACAGGAAGAAAUAGCCGAUCAUCUCUGCAGGUGGACUGGCACGAAGAGGAAUGGGAGAAAGUUUGGUUGAAUGUUGACAAAAGUCUGGAGUGUAUCAUACAGCGAGUGGACAAACUCCUCCAGAAGGAGCGCCUGCAGAGUGACAGCUGUGAGGACGUUUUCCAGUGUGAUGUCAGCAGUACCAGUAAGAAAGGUAAUCGGGACAGUCGUGCCUACUGGAUAAAUCCAGAAGAUUUAAAUGAGACCUCAUCAUCCUCACCACCUUCAUCAUCCUCACCACCAUCUUCAUCCACAUCAUCCUGUGCAUGCCAUUCUCUCAAGACAAAUUGCAGCCCUACUCCGGAAGAAUCUGCCCCAGGUGAAUGGAGUGAAGCUCUUUAUCCCUUGCUGACCACACUCACUGACUGUGUAGCCAUGAUGAGCGACAAGGCCAAGAAAGCCAUGGUGUUUUUGUUAAUGCAGGACAGUGCCCCGACAAUAGGGCUCUGCCUGAGCCUUCAGUAUCGCAGGGAUGUUGUCUUCUGCCAGACUCUGACAGCUCUCAUUUGUGGAUUCAUUAUCAAGCUGAGGAACUGCCUGCAUGAUGAUGGAUUUCUAAGACAACUCUACACCAUUGGCUUGCUGGCACAGUUUGAGAGCCUGCUGAGCACUUAUGGUGAGGAGCUGGCAAUGCUGGAGGACAUGAGUUUGGGAAUCAUGGACUUGAGGAAUGUAACCUUUAAAGUAACUCAGGCUACAUCAAAUACAUCUACUGACAUGCUGCCAGUCAUCACUGGAAAUCGUGAUGGAUUUAACGUGAGGAUCCCUCUGCCAAGCGCCUUGUUUGAUUUGCUGCCGCGUGAGAUUCAAAGUGGAAUGUUGCUGAGGGUUCAGCCUGUUCUUUUCAACGUGGGAAUCAAUGAGCAGCAAACCCUAGCAGAGAAGUUUGGAGACACCUCACUGCAAGAAAUAAUUAACAUGGAAAGCUUAGUGAGGUUGAAUUCAUAUUUUGAGCAGUUCAAGGAAGUUUUGCCUGAUGAUUGUCUACCUCGAUCUCGUAGUCAGACGUGCCUGCCUGAACUGUUAAGAUUUCUGGGACAAAAUGUUCAUGCAAGGAAAAACAAGAAUGUUGAUAUCCUUUGGCAAGCUGCUGAGAUAUGCCGCAGACUCAACGGCGUUCGGUUCACGAGCUGUAAGAGUGCCAAGGAUAGGACUGCCAUGUCCAUCACCUUGGAGCAGUGUUUGAUCCUACAGCAUGAGCAUGGAAUGGCCCCACAGGUCUUCACUCAGGCUCUGGAGUGUAUGAGGAGUGAGGGUUGUCGCCGAGAAAAUACAAUGAAGAAUGUUGGAUGUCGCAAGUAUGCAUUUAAUUCCCUGCAACUGAAGGCUUUCCCAAAGUAUUACAGGCCUCCAGAAGGAACUUAUGGAAAAGUUGAAACAUAAGCAUACUAUGUCCUUUAAUUGCUGUUCCAUUAAAACAUGUGGAUACACUCUAGAUUAACACAUGAUUUUGUCAUCCAGAAGAGAUAAAUAACCUUUUUGUAUGUUUCGUUAGGUCAUACAGAGCAUGUUACUGAAUUGGAAUCUAUAGUAACAAUUCUUCUGACACCUUAGCUUGAGAAUAGUGUGAUGACUCUCUGCCCGUUUCAAUAGCCUUCAGUGUAUGUAAGAUGAGCAGAUACUGUGCUACUUAAUAAUUACCUAUAUGCAAAUAGCUAGGUACCUCCUGGAUGGGCAAGGACUCUAGGAACGGCAUUUAGGCAGCUGAUUCCAUAACAUCUUUUUAUACUGAGUUGAUUUCAGAUUGAGCUUUUCCUAAACUUUUUAAAACUGAGAGUAAAACUCAAAAGUUGUAAAUAAAAAGGAUCCUAGGCAGUUUAGUAACUGUAGAACGCAUUGUUACAAUCAAUAAAAGGGGGUUUGAUUAAAAAAAAAAAAAAUCAGCACAAUAAGAGCCAGGAGAAAGAAUUGUUUUACUGUAUAUAGGAUGCCACCUUCAUGUAUGAAAUUAACAAUAUAUAAAAGGCCAGACAUGUGAGGUCUGGUUUAUAAUUCUGUUCAAAUAAAACAAAUUCCUGUCAUCUUUGGCAGAUAAGGCCUUGGGCACACAACUGAUUUUUAAAGGUAUUUCAGAAACAUCAUGAUGCUUAACUAUUAAUGCCAGCAACAGUUCCCCAUGCCCUUCCCCACUCUAAGGCAAGUGCAACAAGCAAAUUGCUGAUGUUGCACAUGACAUGUUCAGUAUCUUCCAUGGUGUUGUACAUUAAUUAACACAUUUUUACCCAUGGUUUUUUUAUAUCACUUCUGGAUUGUAAGCCUCAGUAUCUUGGGGCGUUACGUUAUUUUUGUCAGCGUACGAUUUUUCUGCAUUGGUUUUGUAUGUCAUUACCAAAAUGCUCAAAGUGCCCAAUGCAUCCCCUUUGCUCCAAAAUCAAAAUUGGGUUCUGUUUACGUUUGUGUUUCACCUGUUGAGAGUCCUGGUGGGGGAAAGUGUGGCCGGUGUCAGGGUAUUUCUGAGGAAGGUAGCAAUGCCCUGUGUUGAUAGAGAGGAACUGCUCAGUGCUACUGCUCGUGCCUGAGAACCACAGGUGGGUUCUAGCUUAUAACAAAGGUGGUCAGUUGGAUAGCAUUUGAUAAAAAAUGUUCAACAGAUCUCCUCUGAAAUAAUCUCCCAAAGAAUGCCUUUGAAGCAAAGGCAUUUUAAAAAGCAGCUAAAUGUUCAUUUCCAAAUUUUAACAGGAUCCAGUAAUCUCUAGCUAGUUUCAUUCAGCACACUGUCCUUUCCUUCUUAGUUCCUAAAAAUCUGAGUUUUAGAAUAGAAAAAAUCUGCCCAUUUUUUCUUGGGGGAGUAGCAACAGCCAGGUAAGUAUAUGGCUGUUUUCUGAUUUCUUUCUCCCUCUCACUGAUGUUUGUCUGUGCUGUCACUGCUCUAUCAAUCAGCCAUGUUCAUUCUGCUCCCAUGUAGGUUUGGGGGUUACAGGUCCAGCAGUUUUUGCAUUUUGCUUGUUGCAGUUUAACACUGAGCAGCAUGUCACAAAGCCAGGUCAGAGAGUUCUGCUGAACUAGGCUGUUACCAUUAUUUUAGACUCUUUAGGAUAACAAAACAUGGAAUUCUGUGCAAAAGCAAUGUAUUGUAGUACCUACCCCGGGUCUGAACAAGUCAUCUACAGUAGAACAGUCCCUCGGAAAUGUUGCAAACCCUGUUUGCCAAUUAAUAAAUGUUGAUUUUGUUCUAUUUUUUGCUAAUAAGUAAAGAAAUAUAUGAUGAAAAAUUUUUCAAUGGGAUCUCUUUAGACAUGCUACUCCAUUAGUUCUGCUCAGCCUUCAGUCCCUAGCCCAUUAUUAAAUGCUACUUUAUUUUUGUAUAAACUAUGCUCUUUAUAUCCCUUUGUUUUUAUGAGUUGAUAAUUUUAUUUUGUCUAUUUCAAACGUGGUUUAUUUUAAGUCCUGUAUUGUUACACUAAAAAUCUCCCAAUGUUCGGCUUCGGAAGGAAAGCUAACAAAUGUCUAUUGUAACAAUUAGCAGUGCCGCUCUCUUAGAUGGUGGCCAACAAUCAUUAGACCUGCUAUAGAGCUUAGCAAUCCUUUAUUUAUUUUGUAUGGCAAUGUAAUCAGAAAAAGUUGCUGAAUUUUGUCUGCACGUGGGGGAGCCGCAGCCCCAGGUGCCGCGGGGCUGUGCCGGGUGCUGAGCUGCCAGCGCGGUGUCCCUGGACAUGGCACUGCCAGGAUAGCCAUGGCACUGCCAGGAUGGACAUGGCACUGCUGAGAUGGAAUUGGCACUGCCAGGAUAGCCAUGGCACUGCCAGGAUGGACAUGGCACUGCCAGGAUGGACAUGGCACUGCCAGGAUGGACAUGGCACUGCUGGGACGGGCACAGCUCUGCCGAGCUGGGCACUGCUGGGAUGGGCACGGCUCUGCCAGGCUGGGCAUGGCUCUGCCAGGCUGGACAUGGCACUGCUGGGAUGGACAUGGCACUGCCAGGAUGGACAUGGCACUGCUGGGAUGGACAUGGCACUGCCAGGAUGGGCACAGCUAAGGCUCAUCCCAAGGGCAGUGCCGACAGCGAGGGCUCGAGCGGUGCCUCCAGAGAAAACUGUGACACGUGAAGUCCACAUGGGACCCUCACAAGGGGGAAGGGAGCUUUUCUGUUGCACAAGAGAGGCAAAUCUAAGGAUUACUGUAAAAUGAAGUUCUGUCUAAUGUUCCUUUUUUGAGUACAUUUUUUAAAUUAUAAAACAUACAAAGGUAAAAGAAGAAAACUGUUGCCAAGUAUGUUCUGUGUAUGUUCUGUGAAAGUACCUACAGCACAGUUGCCUUUUUUUCAUUUAUAUGUGUAAAAUUAUUGUAUUAUAUGACACAGUUUUGUCCCAACACGACUGUAUUUGCUAUGCUUUGUGCAUUGAAAUAUUUUUAUUUAUUUGGUUUUGGGCAGUAUUAAUAUAUCAUAAACAUAUGGCUACUGUUUUAUAUAUUCUAGUUCAUCCAAUCCAUGUAUGCUGUAAAUGUGCUAGUCUUUAGGAUGAAAACCAAUAAAGAACUGACAAGAAUAACAA